CGGCUUGGGGGGAGGCCUGGGUCCGGGGCUGCUCCCGACGUGAACCUCCCUCCUCGGGCGCGGCCUGAAAUGCCUUAGCAGCCCUCUGCUCCCUCUCGGCAGGGACCCGGGGCCAGGCAGUGGCUUCCUUUCCGCCCGCUGCAGCCCGGCUUCGCGCCAUGAACAGGGUCCAGCUGAAGCGAUCUGCGAUCCUGAAGAUGGCCCUUGGAGGUGCGUCGGAGCCCCUGCUCCAGCAGCAAGAGGAGGAGGAAGAGGAAGAUGGCGAGGAGGGCGGCGGCGGCGGCGGCGGCGGCAGCAGCAGCAGCGAGCCCCCGUUCCUCUUCAGGGCCAUCCGGAUCGCCAUGGUGGUCUCUCUGUACUGGUUCGUCUCCAUCACGAUGGUCUUCCUCAACAAGUAUCUGCUGAGCAGCCCUUCGCUGCGCCUGGAAGCGCCGGUCUUCAUCACUUUCUACCAGUGCCUUGUCUCCGUCGUCAUUUGCAAGCUGCUCAGCCUGCUGGCCUCCUGCUGCCCGCCGGGCUACUUGGACUUCCCCUCCAUCCGGAUGGACCUCAAGGUCUCCCGCAGCGUCCUGCCCCUCUCUCUGGUCUUCAUUGGCAUGAUCACCUUCAACAACAUGUGCCUCAAGUUCGUCGGCGUGGCCUUCUACAACGUGGGCCGCUCCCUCACCACCGUUUUCAACGUGCUCCUCUCUUACUUGCUCCUGAAGCAAACCACUUCCUUGUACGCCCUUCUCUCCUGCGGAAUUAUCAUCGGUGGCUUUUGGCUUGGGAUAGAUCAAGAAGGAGCGGAAGGCACUCUGUCCUGGGCAGGCAUCAUUUUUGGGGUACUUGCCAGCCUCUGUGUCUCACUGAAUGCUAUUUACACUAAAAAAGUCCUCCCUGUUGUGGACAGCAGCAUCUGGCGUCUGACAUUCUACAACAAUAUCAAUGCUUGUGUCCUGUUUUUGUUCCUCCUGUUGUUCACAAAUGAGUUCUCCACACUCUACCACUUUGAUAAAUUGGGGAGCAUCCACUUCUGGGGCAUGAUGACUCUAAGUGGGGUAUUUGGUUUUGCUAUAGGGUAUGUGACUGGACUUCAGAUCAAAUAUACCAGCCCCCUUACACACAAUGUUUCUGGGACUGCAAAAGCCUGUGCCCAGACAGUGUUAGCUGUCUGCUAUUAUGAAGAAAUCAAGAGCUUUUUAUGGUGGACUAGUAACAUGAUGGUUCUAGGGGGCUCUUUUGCAUAUACCUGGGUAAAAGGGUUGGAGAUGAAGAAGGUGCAGGUAGAACCUCUUCCCAAAGCAAAUGAGAAAAAUGACACUAUGGUCUGAAUUCCCCCAUCCAGGAAUGAAAUGGAGCUUAACUGGGAAGAGAAAGAGAGAACUUAAUGUCUCAAGGCAAGAGAAUCCUGUGACUACUCAUGUAGGAAAUAAAAGACAUGCUGAGGUUUCCCACGUACUGCAUGUUUACUACAAUAAUCAUUGGAAAGGGGAAAGGAUGAAAUUUUCACAAGUGGUUUUCUUUUGCAAACAUCUUGCUUUACCUUUAGUAAAAUAAGGUAUAUGUUCUGUUAAAAAACAGCUUUAAACAAGUAAGAAUUGGUGGGUCCUUGCUCUACUUGCUUGAAGUUGAAUACAUUCUAUGUAGAUACUUUCUCUUCCUCUUUGUCUCCAUACAUCACACUUAGCAGUCCAGUGUGCUUCCUGGAGAGGCCUGAGAAUGGUUCUCUUAGAUUGCUUGCUCUCCUGCCUUUGUGGGGCAAACAAGAAAUACAGAUUUGCAACUUGCUUUGCUAAAAGGCAGUUUUGAUGCCAGGAUUCUCAAGCAUUUCUGCCAGUGCUGCUGAGCCCAUUAUCAUCCCUCUGGACAGCCUAACUGGAGAGGAAGUGAACUAAAGAAAAUAUGAAGGGGCAUUGAAAGGUCCUGUGGUCUGGCUUCUUCUAGAUCUAAAUGUCUUUAGGUAAUCAACUUUUCCCCAGCAUUGUUGAAGAAAUAGAUGUCAGUGGUUGUUUAAGGACCCUUAAAAGGUUAAAAUAUCAGCAUGUUCUUGCUCUUAAAGCAGUAGCAUUUUGUGAGUGGGUGGAUUUUUUGUUUUGGAUAUGCACUUUACUGAGAGGGCCUUCUUGGCUCCAGGAGCCAAAUUUCAUUGGAAUGUUUAGUUCCAUUUGCCAGGUUGCCUUUGCUAGUGCCCCCACCCUGUUCCCACUUCCCUAAUUUUGUGCUGGGAAAUACAUUAUCCAUUGUAGAUCUGCAGUUGACAAAUAUAUUUAAUACAAUUUUGAUUUGUUAGUUUCAAAAUGAUUAUGUUUUGUUUGCACCAGUAGAAAUGAUUGGGGAGUGGAGCAGAGGGCAUUGGUAGUUCUAGAAGAGGAUGAUUGUAGAUUGCCUCCUGACUCACAGGCAUAAUACCUUAUAACCAGCUCCAGAGGAAAAGCAGUAAAAGGCUGUUGGCCUUAUAGCCUGCUUAUAGAUUUUCUGGACACAUCCAGUUGGCCACUGUGCCACACAAACUCUAGACUAGAUGGGCCUUCAGUUUGAUUCAAAAAAGCUGCCCUUAUUUUCUUAGCCUAUGAAGAAUUGGAUAAACACAAAGGCAACCAUAGCUACCUCAAAGCAGAAGAUUCUUCCUGAAAGAGGGCUUAGUUUUUAAACCCUGCUUAAUGGUACACUAGAUUUUUAUUUCAACUUGUCAGCGAUUUGGAGUGCCAAGUCAAUUUCAUCUCGAUAUAUGAGAAUUGGUACCUGAGUGCCAUUCUGUGACAUCAUCAUCGUCAUUAUCAGCCCAAAUCAAGCCACCGUAGGAUGAAAGCCUCUUCAGCUGUUUUCCAACUGCUUUGAUGUGCUGCAGGUCAUUUCCAGUUAACACCCUUGAACCGAUUACAUCAUCUGCCCAGCAUUUCUUGAGGUGUUUUGUAGAUGUUUUAAGGUCAGUUGAUAUCAGAUCAAGAAUUAUUGCUGUCUAGUGUUGAACUGUUCAUUGUGCAAUAUGGUGGAAAAACUGAUGCACUUCCUAACCCAAAUUAAUUGAAGAGGUUAGGUUUCCACGCUUGUUUAUUCUAUAUAAAGUGUUUAUACACUCAGUCCCAAAUUGUUGAUUUAACCCAACUGUAACUGCUUUUGAAUGUUAUUUUCUUUGAGAUAAAAGAUUAUAUAAAUAAAACCAGCAGGAUGGAAAGUAAAGGAGCAGGAUGGUAAUCCUUUCAAAGCUGAAUAACUGGUUCGAUAAAAGAUACAAGAGUACAAAAUCUGACUUGCCUAUUAAGAGUCUCCCUUUGGUUUCAAGUAAGCCAGACACAUACAGGCACAAAAUGCAGUCUUGCCACAGUAAAAUGUGGGCAGGGGGCUUGUGGCUUUGAGUGCAACUUCAUAAUUAAAGCUGAAGUUGAAAGGAUUUAUUGAGCAAAGCAAAAGGAUAACUUUAACCACAAAGUCUAACAUGGACAAUAUUCACAGACGUGACAAUAUAACAAGGCAUAGCAACAGUCAAU